AUGGCCUACUCAACAGCCGCAACAACCUCAUUCUUCCUCCUGCUCAGCCUCCUCGCCACGACCAUCCUCGCCCGCCCCCCAGACAUCACCUUCCUCUGCGACGAGAUGCCCGAGAUCUGCAAAAACAUGUGCUGGGCCGUCCGCUGCGCGAAGCCAUCAUUCUCACAGACAUUCACCUUCACCUUCGCCCCCAGCAGCUACGGCCAAUCCUCCAACAAGACCUCCAUCUCCGGCAGCUGCCUCACCAACGACCUCUGCGGCAACGCCGGCCUCAACAAGACGGGUCACCGUGGCAAUUGCUUCAGCGCCUGCAACACCUACCCCCUCUCGGUCUCCUUCGACGACGCUCCCCUCCCACCAGCGGCCCCCGAGCCUCACCACGUCUCGAGGUGUGUCCCAGAGGCGGAGCAGUGUAAGCAGCGCAGCCAGCUGGACCUCUUCGCCAAGCGCCUCCAGCAGCCGCAGCGCAACGGCACGCAGCAGCAGGGCGUCCGCCAGCUCCUCAUCAACUUUGGCAACCCGGGCGGCAUCAAGUACUGCAACAACGACCCCUGCAUCAACGACGGCUUCGAGGUCCAGGACGGCGCAGUCGGCAGAAGGUGGCGGCGGCCCGAGGCGGCAUCGCCCAUGUUUACCUACUACAAUACAAAGUCGGGCAUUGUCGUCGCCUCACUCGAGAACGUCGAGAUGCCGUCGCGGUUUACCCGGCGCGUGGGCAGCGGCGAAGUGGUCCCCCCUGGCUUCAGGACUUGGUUCGAGCGGGCUUCUGAAGAGACGGUGCACAUGAUGGAGGAUACCAUUGUGCAGCGACUGUCGGACCAAUCGUUUGGCCGAAUGUGA